UCUGAGCGUGUUAACGUGGAAACAAUAAACAGCAACAAUUAUUAGAAGUGCAAUUUUGGUGCGAAGGUUCGAGAGAGUGUGAUCUUUGUAAAUUGCGACACCGAAGCAAGUGAUUUUUUUUCUGUUUUGGAAAGUAAAAACAAAAUUGAUUCGGUAGGGAUUGAGAUAUAGUAGUAGAAGGUUGUCAUUUCUCGUCUUGGGAAAGGUGAAGAAAGUGAUUGAAAAAAUAAAAUAAAACGGGAAACCCCAGCGGGGGACAAAAACAAACACAAAGGAAAAUUGUUGGUGGAAAAACAGCUGUGGGAGCAGUGGGAAAUAGAUAACAGUUGAAGUGCCUUACAUUUGUGUUGUUGAAUCAAACAAGUGAACACUGCAUAGUCGAGCACCAGAACCGGAAGCGAGUGCAACAGAAACAAAAAAAAAUGGUGUUCAGUAAAAGCGUCGGCCUCGGUGCGCUGCUUCUGGCCGCAACACUACUGUCGUAUUGUUCCGGUUCCGCAAUUCCCAUGUGGGAAUACCUGAGUCGGGGUGAAAAGAUGUCACACCUGUACUCGAUGUUUGCCAAACAGGUGUCGAGCCAUUGCAAAAACUCGCAGGACAUGCCGACCAACAUGUGCAAACGAAAUCUGCUGAUGUACGGCAUCAACAAGCUGCAGGACAUGAACGAAUCUCAUCUGGACUCGAUGGACCCGUACCAGCGUGGAGCCCACGAUAUAAUCUGGGAUGCCAUGAUGGAUGGCCACACCACGAAGGGCAAAAAGAAGAACCAUCAAACGACACCGGCCCCGGCACUGAUCGUCAGCGGACAGUACGAUCACAACCCACUGUUCGAUGAGCCCAAUGCGCAGCAGCAGAAUCGCAAACAAGACAACAAUGGAGGUUCCUAUGGAUUUUACGAUGAGUACAGCAACGCAGCUUCCGCUCAGGAUCUGCAGUAUGCCAUACCGCAGGGCGCACGACCAUCGGAGGGAAGCUCAAUUUUCGAACGCUACCAAGGAGCUGCCUCGAUGAACUUUGACAAUCUUGCACCGGUUGAGCAGAACACAAACUUCCUGUCCGGUCCAAUGGUGGUUCGUCUGCGUCCCGAUGGAACCCCAGUGGAUGAAACUCAUCAUUCGACUUUACCCAAAGACGAUGAUAUCAAGGAAAUGACAAUCGGCCAGGAAAGGAUGCCGACGUUCCACCAGAUCUACGCCAAUCUGAAGCACAAUGAUGAUGCUCACGAUCAUCACGGAUUGCCUUCGACGACAGAAACGGCCACUCCGCUGUCUGCUAAUGGCUUUGUCAAAUCCUACCGAACAGAAUACAGACUAGCGAAUUGAGCGCCGUGGGUGUGGUGGCAAUUUACGUAGGGAUCCCUGGAUUGUGAUUUUAAUUAAGUAUGCUAACAUUAACAAAAAACUACAGGACUCACGGUCACUCCGACAAACAUGACAUCGCAAAAAAAACGCAACGAUAACACAACGGAACAAACGUAAGAGCUUAGACAAAGCUGUCGAAUCGAACCGUGACGACGGGAACCGCAAUAUUGCUAGUUAUUAAGGGAGAAACGUAUCCGCAAGGAAGUACCGUAUAAUUUGCCAAAAUUUAAUUCCUAUAACGACGACGUUCAUUCCCCGUGUAGUCCCAAGCGGCAAGGUUGACGAGUUCGGGAACCUAUCGAACGAGAGAUCUUCCAGGAAUUGGAAUGCAUGCUCGCCUCAUAAACAAACUGUGAUUGGUGCAGUUCCUGGAAAUGCUGCAAAACAAAAAAAAAACACUCGCGAAUCACGCGCCUUGGGACAUGCGAUGCCGCUAGAUCGGGGCUAAUGGAACACCGAAAACAACAUUCAUUUAAUGCUAAUAUAUUUAUUACAAAUCAUUGUCACUCAUUUUCAUUAUAUUAGUUAUGUUUUCUGUCGCGCAGUGAGUAAACCUGCGAAAUCAGAAGUGAAAAAAGUAGGCAAGCGAAAUGGACAAUUGCAAGUUCUCAGUCGCUAGGGCUAGGGCCAGGGCAGCGAGUGUGUGGACCUCCGUCUAAACUGCAUGUCCCCUCAGGCGGGGACAUAGGCAGUGCUAAAAAUGGUGGCACCACAAACACCACGAAUACUAAAUUAGACAGUAAACUGGAAUGAAACAAAAAGGUUGUGAAAAAGUGUUGUAAGAAAACAUUAGAAUACGAUGGGAAUUUAUGUCUUAAAUUAUUAGAUGCUUCAAGCAUAGCUAUUUAUGAGUAAUUUUAAUCGUACUGCAAAUACUACUAAUACUACCAAGGUCGAUUUUCUGUUGUUGCUUUCGUAUCAAAUUUUCGAAACAAAUGAAAGGAAGUGAAGCGUGCUUUGUCGUACGUAGAAUUAGCCAGUAACAAACGGACGCACACCGGAAUACUUUCUUCCGACAGUUGGCAGGAAAAUGAAAUGAAAUUUGGUACGAAAUUAAAUGGUAUUCCAAAUUGUUUGGAGAGUUAAAGAAUUUACAUAUUCAUUAAGGUUUUAGUAUAAUCGGAAGCUUUUGUGUAGUAGAUGAAACGACUAGCAGAGCAUGACCAGGUGAAAGCAUACAACUGUGAAACCCUAGUUUUGAUUCUGCUGUACGUUGACAUAAGCAACAAGAUGCAACAGUUGGGAAGCAAUAGAAACAAACUGGCAAAAAAUAGAUGCCAAUUUCGUUAUUAGUUCGUAGGAAAAGCAAGAUCAAAAAACAAACAAAAAGUAAGAACCAAGCGAAUGUGAUUUAAUUGAUAUACUUUUAGUUAUGUAAGCGAAUGGACGCAUCCAGUGCUUCGGUUGCGUGGAGGAUAUUUUUCAAUAACUUUUUGAACGAAGUGAAAAACAUUUGUAAGAAUAUCACAUAUGAAACACAAUCAAUAAAUUGUAUUUAUAAAAUAA